UUGAUAAGUUGCAGCAGCAGACAGCUGAGAACAGAAAAGCAGAUCUAUCAUAGAAUACUCAAUCAAGAAACAAGCUCUCCGCCACCAUGGCUCCCCGCAUUCUCCGCCUCUCUCAGCGAGGCUCUGCCAGACUAGAGCCUCUAAUUCUCCCCUUCUCUCUCGUCCUAAUUACUCUCCUAGGAACGCUCGCCCUGCUGGCGCCGUCGGCGAGCGCCACCUUAAAGCUCGGCCCGUACAUCCCGCCGGGCGCUACGGACAACCGCGGCCCGUGCCCGGGCUUCAACACGAUGGCGAACCACGGCGUGUUUCCGCGCGACGGCUCCGCCAUUCCGCGCAAGCGUAUCGUGAACGCGUUCCGCAAGUUCUACUCCUUCUCCCCGUCGCUCACCAAUACCAUCCUCAACUCCGCCUUCGCGCAAGGCGUGGGGGACAAAGCCGCGCAGACGAUCGAUCUCGUGCAGCUCCGCGCGCACAACAAGAUCGAGCACGACGUGUCGCUGGUCCGCGACGACUUUUACCUCGGUAACAACUACCUCGUUAACGAGACGCUCUUCAACCAGAUGCUGAGCUUCUCCGCGACCAAGAAAUUCCUCACGAUGCGCGAGCUCGGGCGCUUCCGCAAGCACCGCUGGUGGUCGUCGCACGUGCUCAACCCGGAGCUGAGCUUCGACACCAACCGCCAGGCCGUCGCGUUUUCCGAGGCCGCGGCGCUCGCAGGCGUGUUCGGCGGGCGGCUGCGCCUGUACGCGGUGCCGGUCGAGUAUCUUAAAGCCUUCAUGCGCGACCAGCGGUAUCCCGGCAACUUUCGCCCGCCGGUCAUUCCGCUCACGUUCCCCGAGCUGAUCUUCGUGGCUGGGCGGAUCAAGCUCGCCGCUUCGUGGCCUUAACUAUGCGCGAUGCGGGGAUAGAAGAUGAUGAUGGGUUGGAAGCUGGAUCCGUACAGAAUUGCAUGCGCCGGCGCUCAUGGGAUGACAGGCGCGGCGUAAACUCCUCCUAGCUUCGUGGAUCCACCCGCAUUUCCAUGGCCGGUGCAUUCCCCGGUUCUUUUGGGGGGAAAGGGUCGGGGGGGAAGCGGGAGGGAGGCAGAUGGGGGAAGGCGGAUGGGGGAAAGGGUCUGGGGAGGUGAAGGGGGGGAGGGGGCAGCGGAAGACAUGUUUCUAGUGUCUGCGGUCUACCCUAGCUUGUAGGACAACGUCUUACGCUGUUGCCUGAACUGACUGACCCCUAUCUUGGCAGUUUCGGUAACAGCGUUCGGCUGCUAAUCCACAGAGUAGUCAUACCGCAUAACAAUGAUAUGAGCCACUUUAUUAUCUUCCUCUUACAUCGCCAUACAAUCUCUUACACAUCUG